GUCGAGGCGCUGAAGAAGGGAAACGAGCGUGCAAGGUUGCGUCGGUUUCUUUUUGUUGUGGGCUGACAGCUUCGCACUUUGCAUUAAGGGAAGACAACGUUAGUCGAACAAAAGGGCAUUUUCAACUGACUUGGUCGUAAGGUGUAACAGGAAACGAUCAACCAUGUCGGCAAAAGCCAGCAGGAAGGAGAAUUCCAAUCACGACGCUGCGGACGAGACCUCUGAAAAAGAGCAGCAGGAAGCAAUCGAACACAUUGAUGAAGUACAGAAUGAAAUUGACAGACUGAACGAACAGGCUAGCGAAGAAAUAUUAAAAGUAGAGCAGAAAUACAACAAAUUACGGCAGCCAUUUUUUCAAAAGAGAUCAGAACUCAUCGCCAAAAUCCCGAACUUCUGGGUCACGACAUUUGUCAACCAUCCACAAGUUUCCGCUCUUCUGGGGGAGGAUGAUGAGGAAGCACUCCAUUACUUGUCGAAGGUUGAGGUCACAGAGUUUGAAGACAUUAAGUCUGGAUAUAGAAUAGAUUUUUGUUUUGAUGAGAAUCCGUACUUUGAGAACAAAACCCUUUCCAAAGAGUUUAAUGUGAACGAGGGUGGAGAUCCCAUUUCCAAAUCCACUGAGAUCAAAUGGAAAACUGGAAAGGAUCUGACAAAACGUUCAGGGCAGACAUCAAACAAAGCUGGGAAAAAGAGGCAGCACGAGGAGCCGGAGAGCUUCUUCACUUGGUUUACCGACCACUCAGACGCAGGAGCUGAUGAGUUGGGAGAGGUGAUCAAGGAUGACAUCUGGCCUAACCCACUGCAGUACUAUCUGGUCCCAGACAUGGAGGACGAAGAGGGUGACGGUGAUGAUGAUGACGAUGAUGAGGAGGGUCUGGAAGAUAUUGAUGAGGGGGAAGAAGAAGGGGGUGAAGAUGAUGAUGGUGAAGGCGAUGAUGGUGAGGAUGACGGAGAUGAAGAUUGAAGAUUUAGUCUAAAACUUUCCUGUUGUCCCUCCGGGGUUAUUCUACAGGCUUGGGGAGCAAAAUGUAUUAUUUAGGGUGGGUGGGGUUUUGUAUUUAAAUAGGAGAAAGAAAAAGGAAAAAAAGAAUUUGUUGUCUCUCACCUGAAGUUUUUGUCAGGCUGUUUGUCUGUCGCCGCUGCGACAGCCUGUUUGAAAAUGUCCAGACGCAGCAGGGCUGAGAGAUGGAAAGGACGCUUCAAAAAUCUCAACUGUCAUCCUUCUCUCUUCAUUUUACAAAGACAUGCAAAACAUUAAAGGUAAAAAUGUAGCAUUCUGCACAUCAUCCUACGUAGAUCUAAUGUACCAACAAAAGCAAUUUGUAUGUACAAUAAAAAAUCAUUUCUGUUCAAGUUAAGAUAAGCCAUGGUGCAGUGAUAAAUGAAUCAUAGCAUCCUUAGCAACUUUUCUAAAUAUAUAUACAUAUAUAUGUAUAUGUCCAAUGGUGGAGAAAACCAGGAAUUAAUGGCUAUAUUUUCCUUUUGUGAUUUCUUGUACUAAUGGAACUGAUUUUAACAAAGCACCAGCUUGUUCUUUGGCUUUCCUAAAUGUUUUGUUCACAACUAUCCUUGCUCUUUUUCAACACAACUAGUUUUUUUUUUUUAAUAAAGAUUCAAUCUAGUUUUUCAGCCCCUGAAAUUGAAAUGUUUUUUGUUCCAGUGAAACCUGAAUAUUUUAGAGCGUCUGUGUAAUAUUUCAUCAUGGGAUACAGUAGUCUGCAACAUUUCUCCUGCUCCACUGGAAUUGUGUUCACAUAAACAUUAAGUGUACCUGUUGCUUUGUUACAAUAAAUGCAAACACUUUUUUAUUAUUAUUUUGGAGUCCCAUUUUAGUGUUGAUCAUUUUUAAGGAGUGUUUUUCAUGUUUAUCAUUUGUAGCUCUUAGAAUGGAGUGAUAGCUUGACAACACAAUAAAAUCUUAUUAUUUUUUUUUUUUGUCAAGUUUGGUGGAUGUUAUUAGCUCUGAUCUGUGCAUGUGUAAAGAUCUAUUGAGUAGAGUAAAGCCCGUCUGGUUUAAGUUUGUUUAAAAGUAAAAAUUGUGGCUUUUUUUUUUAAAUGUUUUUUUCUCUACCUUUGACUGAUUAUGGACUCACAAAAAGCAUUGAUGAAAGAAUGAGGAAAAUGUUUGUCACCCCACAUGCUAGGGCAUUAGGAUAUGAUGUUUAAUUCAUGUCUUUUCUAUAGCAAUCUGCUUCUAUUCUUGUUACUUCAUGACAAAGAUGACUUUAUUUGUAACCUGAAUAAUAGAUGCCUCCAAACCAGAUUACAAGCUGUUUGUUUGAAUUUUGUCAGAUGCUGUAAAUAAACUUCUACAGUGAAAUGCA